AUGGGAUACCAGAGUGACGCCCAAAAGUCCGUACAUGAUACAAAUGAAGACAGCUUUCCCAAAGAAUGGGAUUUCACUUUACCUCGUCUUCCUUGGUUGGAAAUCUCCACGGAGGAUGACUUUAGCCCCGAUAGCCUUGCCGCAGCCAUUCAGCAUGGUGUCACGGCCUAUCGUCUCCGAAGCUAUCUGAACACUUACGAUCCAAGGCUUCUUGGGCAAGAUAUCAAUGCCAACGUCAUGGGGUUUCCUCUCAUAUUCUAUGCCGUUGAGUCAAACGACGAGAACAUGGUACGGCUCUUGACCGAGUUUGGAGCGAGUGCAAGUGCUGUACAUGACGCUUUCCAAGUCCCUUUAUUAGCAUUCGCCAUCAUGUGCGGAGAGACGCUGCAGCUUGACACAACAAACAUGGUCUGUGUUCUUCUCAGCAAAGGUGCUUCCGCCAACUCCAUUCCGAUGGAUUUAUUUGCACCAUAUCUACGGGAUGAAGCCACAAGUUCCGGGCAGAAAGCCACAAAGACCAGGCUCGCAAGGAACAUCAAUCUCACCCAGAGGUACUUUCUGGAAAAGUCCACGAAGAUGAAGCCACCCUCUGCGAAAAAACGGCAGAUCGCUGGGAUCAAAAACUGUCAGGGGCUGCUGGGUAUUCCGUAUUUCCUUGUUGGCCAAACCGUUGCCACCGAUCUUCUCAUCCAGAGGUUGCUCACUCAUCUCAUGAUGCCCACUAAACAGCCAUUGGUGUUAUGCUUCGCUGGCCCUAGUGGCCAUGGAAAGACUGAACUGGCGCGGCAGCUCGGUCAUCUUCUAUCACUGGACUUGGAAGUUGUUGACUGCACCACAUUCACUCAUGAGAUGGAGCUGUUUGGUCCCAGGGCGCCUUACCACGGUUACCAAAAAGGAUCAUCAGUCAACAACUUUCUCGUGGAGCAUUCUGGAAGACAGUGUAUUGUUUUCUUAGAUGAAUUCGAAAAGACGACGAAGGAAAUUCAUCAAAGUUUGCUACUUCCAUUUGAUAAUGGUGAAUACAGAGACAGACGAACGGGCGAUAGAAUUAAUUGCUCUAAUACAAUCUGGAUAAUGGCCACAAACGCCCUUGAUGACACCAUUCUUGACUUUUAUGACCACAACGACGCCAUUGCUGGCGAUGAUGCGGGGGAGAGAGCUCGGCUGCUCAGGAAGCUUUGCCAGCAGUUACAAGAAGGGUUUCUUCAAAAAUUCGGUGCACCCGUGACAGGGCGCAUCUCAGACUUUAUUCCCCUGCUCCCCUUCUCUGCUGGCGAACAAGCCGUCAUCACCCACAAAUGCUUAUUAGAAUUGGCAGAGGAUUUACGUUUGCCUAUAAGCUUAACCAAGGGGCCAGCAGAGCGGCUUAUUGGUGAUAUCAGGUUACUGAUUCGAAGGGAUGGCACAGUGUGUUCGACUCUUGCAAAGGCGCACUAUCAUAACAAGUUGGGAGCACGUAGUCUAAAAGCAGGAGCAGAAAAGGUCAAGCGGAUUGUUCUGGACGCGUACCUUGACGACGAUGAGGAGAUUGAGGAGCAGAAUACCCUACGGGAUGUUGUCGUUGACGUGGAUGGUGAUGAGAUUGUUGGCAAGAUUCUGCCGGUUACGAAGGCAACUGCUUAA